AUGUUUAAGGACUUUACCUUUGGUCUCACUUAUAAUACAUCGGAUACAUGCACAACGGUCACUUUGAAGGAUAGUCGUUCAAAGACUUUGUUGGUCGAAGCUUGUUUGGGUGUUGGCACUGGCACACCCUGCAACGCCUCGCUCCAAGAUGAUGUAGCCAAACUAUCAUCACCAAUCACUGCACUGUGUGAUGGUACCAAGGACAUGGGUAACUUCUCAUAUCCAAACCCAUAUCAAUUGGAUGUUGCCGAUGUCACUCAAACACUAUAUCUCAACCCGCAGAACGAAGCGUCGGCCAUCACAUGCACAGGCUACUCAUUCUAUACUCUAAACAACUACAUCAAGUAUCAAGGCCUGUACAUCAUACCCGACCACAUCGAAGCGUUCAUCGAUCAGAUCGUGCCCUACGGCGCCGCAGGCAGCCCCACCGCCAAGGGUGCGAAGUACUUCUACGCGCUCACCUGGACCACUCACAUGGCUCGCGACCUCGUCAAGUCGUUCACUAUCGACCCCCCACCUGCCAAGCCAACACCGGUCCCCAAUUGCGAAUGGUCCGGCCUCCCACCAACAGUGUUCCCAGGCAUCAACUUCACGCUCACGCCAUUGAGCAUCCCCGGCGAGCCUGCCUACACCAUGUUGGACAUUACCUACGCCAGCCCAUUGGGCAACUUCUUCGUCGAGCAGGGCCUCUUGAAUGAUUGGGGUUCGGGCCUAUUCUACCCUCUCACGCCAGUGAUGAUCAACAAGCCUGCUAGCGAGCGAUACAAGUAUCGUCUGUUGCAGACCAACAUCUUGGUUGGCUCACCUUGGAAUGUGAGCACAUCCGAUCACUACUACACAGUGACCCCGACACAGUUUGCCAAUCCCGAUCAUACAAUGUACACUGACAGCAUAUCGGUGGCAUCGCCCGCCUCUCCCCUUCCCUCAGAGACUAGAUAUGGACGCGCAUUGUUUGUGUACAGAGCCACAUUCACAGGCAACUUCCAACAAAAGGUCGUGGAGAUACAGGUGUACAACAUACAGGGCUCGGACACCAUUCGCGUGGCGGUGUUCAAAGAGAACUUCACCAACUUGGCGACAUUCAGCGGUUCCUUCUCGUAUGACUAUGCAUGUGCCAUGGCGUCGGAUGUUGGAUGCCACUUCAAGGCUUACGUGGUGACACGAAGUGAUGGAUCAUUCAGCUCCAACUUCCUUGGCGUCAAGGCGUCGACGUCGAUCCUCACGCCCGACACCUCACAGAAGCAUGUCAGUGCCAACUUCAAAGAUCGAUCACUCGUCAAUGUUAUGUCAUUCACCGAGGUUUCGAUAACAGAGGAGUUGCCCAACGUAUACCUGGAUGUGAGACCUGAAGGACUUCAACGAUUCUUCACCAACAACUACUACUAUCCAUCAUUCUACAGUGGCAGCCUCAAAUAUGCAACCUUCUCCGUUCCCUUCACCUUCCCCACCGACACGCCCACAUGCUCGUUUGAGUUGGACCGUGACGGAGACUUGAUGCUCACCAACAGUACCCGAGACCUAACAAUGAUCGACCUUACUCCACCUUUGGUCCACGUUUCAUUGUUGCCACCAACGACAUAUGUACCAGUCUAUAGACUACAGGUGACCGUCAAUGACCAGAUUGGAAUUGGCGACAACACGUGCAAGAUAACAGUUGGCGGAUAUACUGAUUCAAGGUAUCGUGGUGAUUACUACACAAUCAACUCAAGUAAUCGUGUUGCAGGCAAUCAUUCGAUUGGAACAUAUAUAGUAGACAUCAACUACUCUUUGGCACACUACUGUCAUGCCCCUCUCACCAUCGAUUGUGCUGAUAUCAAUGGCAACAUGAUGAGAACAACUUCAAAUGAUUAUUGCUUGGACAGGCCAUGUAAUGCUUUGACCGGAGUGUUCUCGGGCCUUCCAUCAUGCGAUGCAUUGACCACUCCACCAGUAUACUUUAGUACACUGAGCUACCUCGGUCACUCAAUCAAUGGAGAUGGCACAGUUGGCAUCACAGCCAUAGUGUCUGACGCCAACAAGUUCAACAACGCCACACUAUGCAUGUUUGAUGACUUGGACAACAAGAUACCAAGUGCCAAUCAAUCAUGUAUCCAACUCAAUCUACUCAAUACGAUUGAUGUCAAUGUUGGAAGCUACGUCUUAACAGGUGUGAUCACUCUGGCACCGGCUCAAUCAACCAAGACCUACUACUUCCGUGUCACCUACAGCAUUGAUCCAGCACAACCAUCAAUCAUCCUAUCAUCACGUGACAUCACACUCAUUGCAUCCCAACUCUCACAAGGAUAUCCAAACAAUCAAAUGACCAUCAGGAACAUUGACUUCCAACCACUUCCAGUUGAUGUAACUGUCAAGAUUGUCGAGGAUCAGUCAUAUGAUUUGACAAUUCAGUUGAAUAGAUUACCCGCGGGUAAUCCAUUGACCAAUGUCAAGAAUAUAACGGUGGCCGUACAUGAUGACUUUGCAGUGAGGCCACGUACAAACUAUACAUGGAUCAAUGACAAGGUGUCACCGGGUACAACAGCAAUGCCAUUGAACAUGACAAUAGUCAAGUCAUGGGGCAGUAGGAUGUUGGCCUACAUCUCAUCAAUGUGUGAUUACAACAACAACUGUGAACAAUAUCCAAUGUAUGGAUACUACGACUACAUCAACCUCACCAAGACACAAGCAAGCAUCUCUGGCAACCCUCUGAGCGACACUUCAAUCAUGUUUGGUAAUGGCAUUGGCAGUGGCAGAGUCACGAUUGACGCGUCAAGGAUGACACAGACUCCAUUCAACUUCACCUUCACCACGACCAACCCCAUGGACUGUUUGACAGCCAGUCCCAUCUUGGUAGUCUCGGAGAUGGGCUCACAGGACUGCUUCGACUUCCACCCCGAUCACUGCACCUACUAUGGCAACAACACAUUCAUGUUCAACGGAACAAUGACAUUACCAUUUGCCUGGGGUGUUAGAGGUGUGACCGUGUCUGUUUGGAAUAUUGUCGAUCACUUUGGCCACACGACUGGAUUCAGAGUUGUUGAUCCUGCUCCCACUAUAGUGAUUAGUGCGUCCUAUCAUGUGGACAGUGCAGUGAUUGAUUAUUAUUAUAAAACUAUCAAUAUCACUGGUGUUGGACUUGGUGGAAGUGAAUACACUGUUAAGGACCAGGAGUACACUGCAUCAUAUCAAGAUUCCAACACAGCCAUCAUAGAAUUCGGUCAACUUAAGCCAGACCUUGACAAGGACAACUACAUCGUAAUCAGUGGAACCAGUUACCUCCUCGACUUCUUCUAUUGUGACUCAUCAAACUGUAAACAUGGAAAGUGUAUUGAGAACACUUGCCAAUGUGAUCCCGAUUGGAGAGGUGAGGACUGCUCGAUCAGUAGGCUGUACACAUGCCCAAACAAUUGCAGUGGCAAUGGUGAUUGUGUUGAUCAGAACUGCAUGUGUCACAAUGGAUUCGCCGGCCCAUCUUGCAAUCUCAAAAUGGACGAGGUCAAAGUGGACGUGAGCUUCAAGGAAGAUUUGACCAAUGCCGUCUCAACACUUGGUGUGGCUGGGGAUCAUGACCCCAAACUCACCAAAGACACCAUGUCAGUCUCCUACAGCAUAUCAAUCGCGGCGAUACUUGAGCUCAACUACUUGGACCAAGUGGUCAACAACAUCACACUCAAUUGGACUUUGGCAAACUCGGAUUCCAACUCGACCAAGUACACGAUCACUAACAUGGGCGGUAUCCAACACGCAUCCAACACAAUCACAUUGACAAUUGACAAGUAUUUGGAUGGUGGACAGACGGUGUGGGCCAACAAGACACUCAAGUUCCAGCCCAACACAAUCAAGUACACGGUCAACUUUGAUGGAUACAACUUCACCAGUCAACUCAACUAUAUCCAGAUCAUAUUCCAGACAGUGUCGAUGGGUGAUUGUACCCAACUUCAGAAUGAUACGGAAAUCUCUUGGGGCAGAUCAUCACGUGACGACAUGCACUACUUCAUACUGCCACAGCAUCAGAUGCAAUGUUAUGGACGAUUCCCAACAUCAGUGAUAUCAGACGAUCGCGUAGUAUCCAUAUCAAACAAGAUUGUGUCUGUUGGCGAGCCAUUGCGCGUGGCCACCUCAGUGCCAUUCUUCAAGAGGUCAGCGGCAAUCGAUCCGGACUUCUCCGUAUUGGUAUUAUACAGCCAGGCCAACAGCAAUGGUAAUGGCAUGUGUGAAGCCAGUGGCGGGCCCAAGCCUUACAUCAUCCCACUCAUAGUUGUCGGAUGUGUAUUAUGCCUCGUGAUCAUAUGUUUAGCAUUAUUCUUCAAGUUGAAGAAGAACAUGUACAUCCGACAAAAGAUACACAAGAUGAGGGCCAAGCGCACCUUUGGCUCCAACAAACUGGAUAGAAUGUAA